UUGAGGAAAGGAGACCCUCGAUUUGCAUUAUUUCGGUAGAGUACUUUUAGGUUUAAAACAACAAAUUUUUUAUGCUGGUGUCCUGAAAUCAAGUACUUCGGUUUCCUCUCCGCUCAGUACACUUCGCUUCAACCAUCCGAGCGCUCUUGCUUAAUCCUCCGCCGCUCCCGAACCAAGCCACGCCCAUCGCAGAGCUCUUUCUUGGAGCCUUCCUUCAGGUGCUGUUCGAUAGGUUGGCCUCUCGCGAGCUGCUCGACUUCGCACGGCGCGAAGGGAUCGAUGAGCUGCUGAAGAAAUGGGAUAAGUUGCUGACCAGUAUCGAUCAGGUGCUGGUUGAUGCAGAGGACAAGCAACUGACUGGCGAUCGCGGGGUGAAGUUGUGGCUUGAGGAUCUCAGGGACUUAGCCUACGACAUCGAAGGCUUACUUGAUGAGUUCACCACAGAAUCCGCUGAAAACAAGUCCAAGGCAAAACCCGGCACUAGCAAGGCCCGUUCCCUUCUUCCGAGUUGUUGCUUCAAAUUGAGCCCGAGAGCUAUUAUGGUCGACCACAAAAUGAGAUCCAAGAUAAAAGAUAUGGACCGCAGAUUACAGGACAUCAUAACUCGGAAAAAUAGUCUCAACCUCAGAGAGAAUAAUGGGCAGCGAUCAGCACACUGCCGACUAGAUAAGCUGCUUCCCACUACGCAUUUGUCAGAGCCUUGUUUUGUUAGUAGGGAGGUCGAAAAAAUGGAGAUCCUCAGAUCACUGACCGGAGAAGAAGACAAUAGAACAUGUGCAGAUCUACAAGUGAUUCCCAUAGUAGGGAUGGGGGUGUUGGGAAGACAGCUCUGGCUCAGCAAGUCUACAACGAUCCUAGAGUCACUUGCUAUUUUGAGAAAAAAGCUUGGGCUUGCGUUUCCGAUGAGUUCGAUGUGCUUGCUAUUACAAAGACAAUACUAGAGGCAACCAACGGCCAAUUGCCUUGCGAAGGUAAGGACUUGGAUUGGCUUCAAGAUAAGCUCAGGGAAAAUCUUUCGGGGAAGAAGUUUCUUGUCGUAUUAGACGAUGUUUGGAACGAGAAGUAUGGACAUUGGACUUCCCUCUUGAAGCCUCUUCAAUCGGGAGCAAAGGGAAGCACGAUAAUCGUCACGACUCGUAACCACGGUGUUGCUUCAAUGACUCGUAACCACCGUGUUGCUUCAAUGGCCGGUGCUCUACCGACAAAUCUCAAAGAGUUGCCCCUACAUGCUUGUAUGACUUUGUUUGCAUUUCAUGCUCUUGGAGUCGAAAAUUUCGAUCAGCAUCCCGAUCUUGAAGUACUAGGUCGGAAAAUAGUUGAAAAAUGCAAGGGGUUGCCAUUAGCGGUGAAGACAUUGGCCGGGAUGCUGCGCACUGAAGUCAAUCCACAUACAUGGGAAGCAAUAUUGAACAGCAAAAUUUGGGACCUACCAGAAGAGAGAAAUGAGAUCCUUCCGGCUUUGAAACUUAGCUAUCUCCAUCUCCCUUCCAAUCUAAGGAGAUGUUUUGCUUACUGCGCUAUAUUUCCCAAGGACUAUGAAAUCCAACGGGACGAGUUGAUUCGCUGGUGGAUUGCAGAGGGCUUGGUGGAGGCAAAAGGAGGAAAGAGCCGUUGGAAUGCAGGUUUAGAUUAUUACAACGAGCUAGUGUCUAGAUCGCUAUUUCAAAAGUCGAGUAGUGAUGGGUCACGAUUCUUGAUGCAUGAUCUUGUGAAUGGCCUUGCAAAGCUAGUUGCAGGUGCAACUUAUUUUGAUUCGGGGGAGUUUGAGGGUGAUCACACUAAUGCAUCUUUAACUCGUCACGCUUCAUUCAUUCGAAGCAAUGACAUUGUGCUAGAAAGACUGAAGAUAUAUCAUCAAAUGCAGGGACUUAGGAGCUUCAUAUCGUUAGAGAAGGAAUCUGGGUACUAUGAUAGGUCCUAUUUGUCCCAGAAAGUGCUAUCUGACUUGUUGUCCGAAUUGAAGUACUUGAGGGUGCUUUCUUUAAGCCGCUAUUACAUCAGCGAGGUACCGGAUUGCAUUGGCAGAUUGAGACACCUACGGCACCUUAAUUUGUCGUAUACCGAUAUUGAAACGCUUCCAAAGUCAGUUGCUGCAUUGUACAACCUAGAAGUUUUGAUAUUGCGGGGCUGUUACAAACUUGUCGAAUUACUUGAAGAUUUGGAGAAACUGAUCAAUUUAAGAUUUCUCGACAUCACUGACACUCCAAGCCUAAGAGCGAUGCCGUUGUGUAUAGGCAAUUUGGUGGGUCUUGAGAUGUUGUCCAAGUUUAUAGUGCGAGCAAAAAAUGGCUCGAGGUUGAAGGAGUUAAAAAGCCUUGGGAAUCUUGAAGGGGAACUGUGCAUCUCUGAUUUGCAUAUGGUUCAAGAAGCCAAAGAUGCCAACGAUGCCUGUUUACACACGAAGAAGGGACUACGCCGAUUAACCAUGCGAUGGACUGAAGAUUUUGCUGGUUUCCGAAACGAAGAGCUUGAAGCAAAAGUCCUCGACUUUCUUCGCCCUCACAAGAACCUUGAAAACCUCGCAAUAUCCUACUAUGGUGGCCUACAAUUCCCGUCGUGGUUGGCGAGACCCUCUCAUGUUAACAUAGUGCGUUUACGUUUACAUGGGUGUCGUAGGGCCAAAGCAUUACCGUCACUCGGGCAGCUAUCUUCGCUCAGAGAACUGGUCAUCGAAGGUCUAAAUGCUAUACACACGGUAGGGCCAGAAUUUUACGGAACUAAGUGUCCUUUUCCGUCCCUAAUAACUUUGGAAUUCAAGUACAUGCCAUUGUGGGAGGACUGGUCUGAUUACUUCGGCACUGAAGAUGUCGGAGUUGUAUUUCCCCGUCUUGAGCAUCUCGUCAUUACGGAUUGUCCUAAGUUGAUAGGAAGAUUGCCUAGUCAACUGAACUCCCUCGCAAAGCUCGAAAUCGACUCCUGCCCGUGUAUGGAUGCCACGCCCUCUGUCAUUAGCCUUCCAUCUCUCAAUGAAUUGAAGUUUGGAGGUUGUAAGGAGGGGGUGCUGAAGAGUUUGGUAAACCUGACGUCUGUAACCGCUCUUUACAUAGAAGAUGUGGUUGAUCUGACUUACUUAAAUCAUGGAUUUACAAGCUCCUUAAUCAAGCUGGAGAAGUUGGGGAUGGAAAGAUGUGAAGAGUUAAUUUACAUGUGGCAGGACAGAGAUGUAAUUCGAGAUCUCACUUGUCUAAAGAGCUUAUUCGUCCAAAGUUGUCCUGGACUCGUAUCUCUUGCAGCUGGAGAAGAAGAUAUAGAGUUGCCCGUCAACCUCGAGACUAUCAGUGUGUGGAGUUGUGACAAUUUGGAGAAGCUACCAAGCAAGAUGCACGCCCUCUCCUCUCUGAGAGAUUUGGCCAUUGAGGAGUGUCCAAAACUCGCAUCAUUUCCCGAAACAGGUAUACCGACCUCAGUGAUAUCAUUAAAUAUUACAGACUGCGAGAUUUUGCAAUCUUUACCCAUCAUAGGAGGAUUAAGUAGUCAUCCGGAGGAACCAAGCAGCAGCAGCAGCAGCAGCAGCAGCAGCAGAAAUAACCACGUUGACAUGACGUCUCGUCUGCAAGACUUAAGAAUCAGCGAAUGCGAUUCUCUGCCAGCCUCUCCAUUCAGCGAGGGUAGAUUUUUACCUACGACCCUCAGGACACUUGCAAUUGGGGGAUGCAGGGGAGUGGAGUCGCUGGCGGAGAUAAAUGUAGACCGUCUCCAGUCGCUUCAAGAGAUUUCCAUUAGCUUUUGCGAGAAUUUGAGGAGCUUACCCCAGGGCCUGCACACACUGUCCCACCUCACUUCCUUGACAUUGAUGAGAUGUCCUGGUCUGGAGCUGGAGUGCUUCCCUCCUCUUCCACCCGGCAUCACGAGCUUUCGUCUUGAGGGGUGUCCGAAGAUCAAAGCGUUACCUAAUCAGUUGCAUCGACUCACAUGUCUCCGUGAUCUGGAAAUUCAAAGGUGUGAGAGUAUGACUCGAUUCCCCGACGGAGGAUUGCCGCCCCAGCUACAGAGACUUUGGGUAAGGGAUUGCGGGAAUAUGAAGCACCCGGUGAGGGAGUGGCUGACCCCCCUCACCUCCCUUCAAUUACUGUACAUCGACGGCAGCAGCAUUGGAGGAGGAGGAGUGGGAGAGGAGGAGGAUCUUGUGCUUCCGCUCCCUUCCUCUCUGCUCGACCUCAGUAUCUACGAUAUGCCUAACCUGGAGAGACUGUCCAUCACUGUCCCUCCCUCUCUACGGAGAUUAUGGAUCUACGAUUGCCCGAAGCUGAGGGAGUUGCCCAAGGAUGAGGAUGGUCAUGGCCAUGGCCUCCCUCCCACCCUUGAAUUUUUGUGGAUCUCAGGAUGUCCGAUCCUGGAGGAGCGAUGCAGGAAAGGGACCGGCUGCUAUUGGCCCCUCAUCCGCCAUAUCCCACAAGUUACAUUCGACUAUAGUGGGUCCUCCAUUACUACUUGAAAGAGUCGGAGGUGGGGGGGUUGUUGGUUGGUU